AUGACAUUAACACCGAGUCCAACUCCGACUCACAAGAAGGUGAAUUUUCUUGUGACUUCACGUUCUGUUGAUGCUGCUCCAAUUGUGGAUAGUGAUAGUAACAAUCUAGGGAAUUUGACCACAAGAGGAAAAUCGUCGAGUGCUAGAAGUAUUAUGCCGAAAUUGAACUUUCCGUAUAAUAGGACUUCAUCAUCUGAUGUUGAAAAGGCGAUAAGUUUGGCUCCGGAAAGUCCUUGUGAGAAGCCUUCUGUCUCUGGAUCAGGAUCAGUGUCUUUGAGUAAGCUGUUUGCUCCUAAGAUUUAUAGAACUUCUUCGCUACCGGUUGAAGAAAUCAGGCGUGUUAAUAAUGAGUUUGCUUUUGGUGGAUGUCUUGGUGCUUCUCCAUAUAGAAGCCAGGGAUCGAUAGCGCGCACUCGUUCAGAGCCGGUAGAUAGCAAAGAAAAAAUCAUAAGGAAAAUGGAUAAGUUUUUCCGCAUUAUUCCUUCCACCCCAGGUGCAAAGGAAGUUAAAGAAUGGUUAAAAGCUUCUGCAGAAAAGGAUACAGAAAAUGGCGGUGAUGACGGUGAAGAUAUAGCUGAAGAGGAAGCUGUGUGUAGGAUUUGUCUGAUUGAGCUAUGUGAAGGAGGUGAGACGCUGAAGAUGGAAUGCAGUUGCAAAGGUGAACUUGCAUUGGCUCACCAAGAAUGCGCUAUCAAGUGGUUCAGUAUCAGGGGUAACAAGACAUGUGAUGUGUGCAAGCAAGAAGUUCAGAAUCUCCCUGUCACUCUCUUACGCAUCCAAAAUGUUCAAACUCAGAAUACCGGAGCAAGGUCUCAGCAGGAAGACGACUUCAGGCAUGAAUUGAUAGAUAAUGCAGCAGCAAGUGCUCGAUCAUGGAUAGGAAGAGCUAAAGAAGCAGCAAGACAUGAUCAAAGAAGAUUAGAGAAAUUCGUGAAUGUUGAAGGAAUGAUACCCUCAUUAAGAGACCCGGAGCGCUUUAGUUUUUGGUUGGCUACCCUCUCCAAUCGGAGGCCUUCAGAAAGAUUGGAACUCCUACGCAUUAGAGAUACCAAAGAGCAAGGAGUGGAUAUCAAUGCAAUCGAUAGAAUUUUGCUUCAAUCUUCAAAGCCAUUUCUUCACACUAAUGUUGAUUGCAAUGCAUUAUUUGCUGCUGUGGUCAGCAGGCAGAUAAAUGUUGUUAAACUCCUUUUGCAGGUUGGUGUAAGACUUGAUAUCAAGGUCAAAUUAGGAGCUUGGUCUUGGGAAACAGAUACAGGAGAAGAAUUCCGUGUUGGUGUCGGACUAGCCGAGCCUUUUCCAAUCACAUGGUGUGCUGUAGAAUAUUUUGAAUCCACUGGCACUAUACUCAACAUGCUUCUCCAUCACCUCUCACCUAAUAGUUUUCACAUGGGAAGAACUCUCUUGCACCACACCAUCAUUUGCAACAAUGAAAGAGCAUUGAAUGUACUUCUGAAUAAUGGGGUUGAUACAGAAUUGGCCCUUCAAACUACUGAAGAAGAAACCAAUCUAUACCCUAUUCACAUGGCUGCACGCCUCGGACUAUGCAACAUUCUUCAAUGUUUGAUUAAUGGUAAUUGUAACUUGGACUCGCAAACAAAACUUGGUGACACGGCGUUGAUGGUUUGCACAAGGUAUAAACAUGAGAAGUGUCUAAGAGUUUUAGUAUCAUCAGGAGCUGAUUUGGGGAUAGUAAAUUCGUUUGGUCAUUGCGCAACUUCAACAGCAACUUCUAUUCAUUGGACUAAAGAAUAUCAGAAAGCAGUUUUGGAUAUAAUUAGAGCCAAAAAAGAGGCUUUGAAAAAAGUCGUUGAAAACAGAAACAUAAAUCUAGAUGAGCAAAAUGAGAGUGGAUUUUCAGCUGUCAUGAUAUCUGCUUCAGAGGGUAGCGUGGAGGCAUUCAAGUUGCUUCUUCACGCUGGAGCUGAUGUAACCAAUCUUAAAAACAAAGAUGGUUUAACAGCUCUAGAUAUCAUAGAUUUGAAACAAAAUGGUGAAGAUGGUCAUAAGGUGAUGUUUGAAUAUGCACUUAAAAAGGGAUGUUUGAAUAUUAGUACUUUAGCUGAAGCGAAUACUCUUCACCGUGCAGCUUGUUAUGGAGAUAUAAACAUGGUUGAAAAACUACUAAAGGAAGGGAAUUACGAUGUGAAUGGUUUUGAUGAAAAUGGAUAUACACCAUUGAUGUUAGCUGCCAGAGAAAGUAAUGGAGAAAUGUGUGGCCUUUUGAUAUCUCAUGGAGCAAAAUGUGAUAUUAAGAAUGAAAGACAUGAAACAACACUUUUACUUGCAAGAGAAAAAAAUUUGAAAGGAAAUGAUGCAGAGAAUGUGAUCAUGGAUGAGUUAGCUAGAAGAGUAGUAUUGUGCGGUGCGCGUGUGAAGAAACAUACAAAAUGUGGUAAAGGACUUUCAUGA